AUGGCCGGAAAUCCGAGGAGGGGCGCGGGUCUCAUCGGCUUGAUGAAGGACGCCUUUCAGCCCCACCAACAGCCCCUGCAGCCCCACCAACCCGCCGUGGUGGACAAGAAAAUGGUGGAAAAAUGCUGGAAGCUCAUGGAUAAGGUGGUGCGCUUGUGCCAGAACCCCAAGGUGGCGCUGAAGAACAGCCCGCCGUACAUCCUGGACCUGCUGCCGGACACUUACCAGCACCUGCGCACCAUCCUGUCGCGCUACGAGAGCCGCAUGGACAUGCUCGGCGAGAACGAGUACUUCCGCGUGGUUAUGGACAACCUGACCAACAAGACCAAGCAGACCAUGAGCCUGUUCAAGGAGGCCAAGGAGAGGAUGUACGAGGAGAAUUCGCAGCCCAGGCGAAACCUCACCAAGCUGUCACUCAUCUUCAGCCACAUGCUGGCCGAGCUUAAAGCCAUUUUCCCCAACGGCCUGUUUCAAGGCGACAACUUCCGCAUCACCAAAGCGGAUGCCGCCGAGUUUUGGAGGCGCUCCUUCGGGGACAAGACCAUCGUGCCGUGGAGGACGUUCCGCCAGGCGCUGCACGAGUUCCACCCCAUCAGUUCGGGUCUGGAGGCCAUGGCGCUCAAGUCCACCAUCGACCUUACCUGUAACGACUACAUCUCUGUCUUUGAGUUCGACAUCUUCACCAGGCUAUUUCAGCCGUGGUCGUCUCUUCUGAGGAACUGGAACAGUCUCGCAGUCACGCAUCCGGGCUACAUGGCCUUCCUUACGUAUGACGAGGUCAAGGCUCGUCUGCACAGGUUCACCCACAAACCGGGCAGCUACAUCUUCAGGCUGAGCUGCACGCGACUGGGCCAGUGGGCCAUCGGCUACGUGACGGCGGACGGUAACAUCCUGCAGACCAUCCCUCUUAACAAGCCGCUUUUUCAAGCGCUCAUCGACGGCUACAGAGAGGGCUUCUACCUCUUCCCAGAUGGUCGUGCGCAGAACCCAGACCUCACAGGCCUGUGUGAACCUUCUCCACAAGACCACAUCAAAGUGACCCAGGAGCAGUACGAGUUGUACUGCGAGAUGGGUUCCACGUUCCAGCUGUGCAAGAUCUGCGCCGAGAACGACAAGGAUGUCAAGAUCGAACCGUGCCGACAUCUGAUGUGCACUUCCUGUCUAACGGCUUGGCAGGAUUCGGAAGGUCAGGGAUGCCCCUUCUGCCGCUGUGAAAUCAAGGGCACCGAGCCCAUCGUGGUGGAUCCGUUCCAUCCCAAGGCAAGUGGCGGUGCUUUCGCCGGCUUCCAGGUCGGAGCCGGCCGGGCCGAGGCGGCCGCCAACGAUGAAGACGACGACGAGCGUCUGGAGGACCAGAACCUUGUCAUGAGCAGGCUGGCCUGCAGCAAGGUGGAGCGCCCAGCAUCUCCAGUCUCCCAGCUGCCGCCGGUCCCGCCUCGCCUAGACCUCCUUCAACAAAGACCUUCCAACUCUCACAACCAGCUGGGGCAAGGAGCCUGUGCUAAGAUGGGGGCCACACACAGGGACAAGCCCCUCCCGCUUCCCCCGGCGCUCCGAGAGCUACCGCCACCGCCUCCACCGGAGCGCCCUUCCCUGGUGGCGGCGGCGGACUCCAGGCUCCAGAGGAGACCCCUGCCCUCCACGCCAGACACUCCAGCUUGGACCGCCAACUACAUGGUGCCGCGGCCCGUCUGCAAGGCGCCCACCGCCGCCCUGCCGCCCACGCCUCAAGGUGGCGGCGCGGAGGCGAAUAAAGCCCAGGCGGCCACCAAUGCCAUCUACUGCCUGGCUGCCAGGUCCCUGCCGACUUCAGCCGUGUCCAGCAGGGAGAAGUUGUCCACCGACAGCGAGGAGAACGAGUACAUGAGUCCGACCUCGCUCCCAGCAUCGGGCGCACCCUGGAUUAUCACCGGCUCCUUGGUGCCGCCGCCGCCCAGCCAAGCCAACCACCACCACAACGAUGUCAGUGGUGAGGGCAUAGAUGUGGAUGCGGGCGACCCACAAGUGUAUGAAGCCAUGUGCAACAUCCAAGCGCAGGCGGCUACGGCUGAUGCCGUGGAUCACGAGCGUCCUCAGCUCUCUGCAGCAGCGUACCACGCCAAGUCAUCAGACGGCUCCUUUGAGGACGCGUACGAAUACGACUGCCCUCGCCCUCUGGCUCCCCCGGCGCCCGCCAGGCGAGUCCCAACAGAUGCCAACGGUCCCUCCGACGCCUUCGGCGGGCUCAGCAUCGACAGUGCUGUAGAAAGCGAAGCCGGCUCGGACCCCGAACGGCCCCCCAAACCCCUCCCGCGUCGCGCCAACUCAGACCGGCGGGUCCGGCCGCCGAACCGCGAGCUCCCGUCGGCCUCGCCGCCCCGGCCCUCGUCCUCGCACACGCCGCCCUCGACCGGCGCGGCGCUGAGCGGCGAGAUUGAGUGCCUGAUGUCUCAGGGUUACUCCAUCCAGGACAUCCAGAAAGCGCUGAUGAUCGCCAGGAACAACCUGGAGACUGCCAAGAACAUCUUGCGAGAGUUUGUGUCCGUGCCCUCACCCGCGCACAUCGCCACAUAG